CCCUGACAUAUGCGCAAUACGCUGAUAAACACCUCCCCCGAACCGUCCAAAUCAUCGCACUGAUUCCACCGCCAACCCUAUUGCGACGAAUCCUUACCGCCUUUAUCGAAAUUAACUGCAGCGAUGCGGGCCUUCCCCACACUGCUGACGCUGUCAAAGACAUCCUUGCCCUUCCACUCGACCAAUCCAAAUACCUCGCCGCUCAGACUCGGUUUUUAGUGGACGAUAUCCGUAUGGGCACCCACCGUGACUUUAGUCCAGGGGAGUUUGUGCCUUAUCAACCCGUCAAAGAUGGCCCCUUUGGAAGAGGAGGAUUUGGCACCAGAUCCAUCUAUCGUGUAUGCGUGCAAGGAGCUACGCUUGGACUUGAAGGAGCAGACCGAAGGUGCAUGGGGUUAUGCAGCGGAGUUGGAGAAUCUUGGUGGUCUAGACCAUCCCCAUCUCGUCAAGCUCAGAUGCUCUUACACCCAAAACCACAAAGCCUAUAUCAUUAUGUCGCCCUACGCCCCACUCACCUUGCUAUCGUUCAUGAAGAACCCCGACGCCUGCGCUUGGUACGUAGCGCAAACUUCGCCUCAACGCCGGGAGAUGACCCUUGGUUGGAUGUCUUGCAUGUCAUCAGCUUUAGUCUAUCUCCACGAUGCGGAAAUGAAACACAAAGACAUCAAACCUGACAAUAUUCUCAUCGACUGCGACCACUGCCACCACGAAAACUACCCGUUACCCGUUCUUACCGACUUUGGCAUCUCUAAGAAGUUCUCCCUCUCGCAGGGCAGUGAUAGUAGAGGACAGUCUGGGACUUUCUUCUGGCAAGCCCCGGAACAUAUGCGGAGUGAGCCGGCGGGACGAGCUGCGGACGUGUUUGCGUUAGGCGGGAUAUUCUUGCUCUUGCUGGCUUUAGGACAUGGGAACACUACGGAGACGAUCAUUGCAGCAUUGCGAGGGGAAACCAUACCGGCAUCGGGGUUUGCCGCAAAGCUUGACGAGUUCGUAGUGCCAUACAUCGAUGACGUGUCGAAAACGUCGGAUGAUAGCAAAUCUGCGUGGUAUCUUGUAAAAGAGAUGCUUGCGUCGACGCCCUCCGAGAGGCCUACUGCAAGAAAUGUUUGGACGGCGUUGAAAGGGAUCAUGGAAGAGUCGGGAUUUAGACCGCACUGUUCUGCUUUGCCGCGUACGCCCAAAACUUCGCACGAAUCCCCUGAGAGAUCCGUUGGCGGUGACGAUAUACUGGAUACCACUACAGUGCUGGCAAGGCUUAAGCUGGAGAGGCAAAGUAGUAACACAAAGUCUUGGUAG